GCGAUCAAGGGUUCYGAAGGACGUGCAGUUUUUCCCAGCACAAAUUGAUUUUGAUUUCAUUUGAUUCACGAUGUUGRGCCGAAGGCAGCUGAUUUUGCUGGCUUCAAGAAGUCGCAGUCUGUCGACAAGUUCAACUAGAACUGCAAAACUACCUUAUCAGUUUGUUGUUGUUGGUGGAGGAGCUGGCGGACUGUCGAUCGCUUCUUCUCUGAGUCGGCGAUUUGGCAAAGGCCAUACAGCUGUUAUAGAGCCUUCUGAGUAUCACUACUAUCAGCCAUUAUGGACUCUGGUUGGUGGAGGGAUAAAGYCRUUGAGUGAAUCUGCACAACUCACUGCAAAUGUCAUGCCGCCAAAUGUAACAUGGUACAAGACAAAAGCACAUGAAUUUAAACCAAAUGAAAAYCUUGUUACUUGUGAAGAUGGAACAGAGCUCAAGUAUGAUUUUAUGGUAGUAGCGACUGGUCUCCAACUACGGUUUGAUAUGGUCAAAGGUCUUCCAGAAGCUCUCCACACACCAGGAGUAGGAUGCAACUACUCAGUUGACACSGUGCUAGAUACAUGGAAAAACAUACAAGACUUCAAAGGAGGAAAUGCAAUCUUCACGUUACCAAACACUCCCAUUAAAUGCCUUGGWGCACCACAAAAGAUUAUGUACAUCACAGAAGAAAUAAUGAGAAAGAAUGGUAUUAGACACAAUAGUAAUGUCAUAUUCAAUACAGCUCUUGGGAAAAUAUUUGGUGUGGAAAAGUAUGCAAAAGCUCUCUCGCAGAUUGUUCAAGAGCGUGACAUUAAACUUAACUUCUUCCAUAAUCUUGUUGAAGUCAAUGCMGACACAAAAGAAGCUGUUUUCGAAAUCUUAAAUGGUACAGGUCCUGAUAAAGAAUUCAAAACUUUCAAGUAUGAUUUCCUUCAUGUCACGCCACCAAUGAGUGCCCCAGAGUGCCUAAGAGGAAGCCCUAUAUCAGAUGCCAAUGGAUUUGUGGAUGUGGAUAAAAUUACAAUGCAACACAAAAAGUACAAUAACAUAUUUGGUAUUGGUGACUGCACUAAUUCACCAAAUGGMAAGACAGCUGCAGCUGUGGCUGGUCAGUCUGGUGUCUUGAAAAAGAACUUGUUUGCACUUUUAGAUGGCAAACCGAUGACAGGACAGUAUGACGGAUACACGUCCUGCCCUUUGGUAACUGGUCAUGGAAAACUGAUUUUGGCAGAAUUUGAUUUCAAUGGAGAACCUCUUGAAACUUUCCCAUUUGACCAAAGCAAGGAAAGAACAUCAAUGUACUAUAUGAAAAAGGACAUUCUACCGGAAGUCUAUUGGAAUGGUCUGAUAAAGGGAUUAUGGCCUGGAGUUGGAACCGUGAGAAAAGCACUUCAUCUGGGGCUCAAGAAUUAGAUAGAAACAUGUCCAAAUGUGCUGAGAAUAGUCGCAUAUUGCAAGAAAAGUGUCUCUGGAUGUGAUUCUGGAUGUAAAGAUCUUCUUGUAUUUGUUAUAAGCUUACAACGACUGGAGCAAGAGACAUUUUGUAGAAUUUUGUAAAAUUUAAGAUCAGUCGCAGUGUGUUGUACGUAUGGAAAUUUAAAUGAUGAUUCAAAAAUAAAAUAGACACACGUACUUUUGUAAAUCAUAUAGGUGCGGAUGACAAAGUUUGAUAAAGUAUUACUGAAAGAUUCMUGGUAAUACAAACUCUGUUUUAGAUGAAUAAAUUAAAAUAAUAUAUCUACCUGCGUAA